AUGGGAUCUAAUGCAGACGCCGUGCCUCCCCAGGAGGACGAGAUCACCGUGCUUGUUACCGGCUUUGCCCCGUUCAAGGAGCAAUACCCCAUCAAUCCAGCAUGGCAGAUUGCGAAAGCUCUCCCUCUGUUCCUACCACCCGCUCAACCUCAAUCAGCGUCCUCCAGUGGCGCUUCUACAUCCCCAUCCCCGCCCGUCCGAAUAUUGGUACACCCUGAAGCCGUCCGCGUUUCGUAUAAUGCCGUCCGAGAUCUGGUCCCGAAAUUAUGGGAAGGGAAGAAGAUAGAUUACACUGUCCACAUUGGUAUGGCUUCUGGGCGGAAAUUCUACAGCUUGGAGAGGCGCGGACAUCGGGACGGGUAUGUAAUGAAGGAUGUCGAUGGGGAGCUAUUGGGUGACGCUGAGAGGCGGGAGAAGGAAGGGGCAAGGUGGGUAUGGCAUGGGUUGCCGGAUGAGCUGUUUACGUCCGUUGCUGUUGAUGAUGUCUGGACGAGGUGGAGGAGUUCACUGCCGAAUCUAGAUUUACGGAUCUCAGAAAAUGCAGGCAGGUACCUGUGUGAUUUCAUUUAUUAUUCGAGUCUGGCGUACUUGACUAGGAAAGAAGAGGAUAAACGUGUGGUGUUUUUACAUGUGCCUGUUGCGUCUGAUGAGGUUGCUGUGAAGACGGGCAUCGAGGUCACCAUUGAGUUGAUUCGAGCUGUAGUACAGAGUGGGGCGAUAAAGAAGAAGCUAGCACGAGAACAAACGCCUAAGAGCUAA